AUGAAUGAGUCACAAGACAUUAUUCAAAAACUUGAAUCAGAUACUUCAACUUCUUUCGUGUUGGUUUUGAACGUCAAGCAGUUUGUCAACGCGUCAUUAAUGCGCUAUUUCCGUUCAACAACAAAUAUUAAAGGUCUUAUUGUGUUUACUAACGAGGAAGAUAAUCUUGAUAACUAUGAAUUUUCUGAAUCAUCCAAAUGUCCAAAUAGUUUUUACAGUGCUUACAAUGUAACUCAACAGUGUGAUUUGGAAACACAAUGGAAUCCAGCUGGCACUGAGUAUUCAUAUAUCAGUUGGCCGUUUCCGAUUAUUCUGGUUACUGAUGUUAACAGAACCAUCUGGACUUCUAUACACGGUUGCUUUUCGGCGUUGAAUCGAGAACCUUCUGAUGAUACGCGAUGCUCCAUCGAAAUUAAUAACCCCAUGUCAGCUGUUGGGUCCUCUGAAACUUGCUUUCGUCGCCAGUACCUCAUGUCACUGCACAUUUCUGAGAAUUCGGAGAUAUUCUGUGAGGAAUUGACUGGGCUAAACAUUAUUUUAUCUGCAACUGAUUCUGGAAACCACUCAUGGAAUAAUAAUGCUCUCAACACCAAUAAUCGUCGGCCUGAGAAUUCUUCAGUAUUUGUUCUUACUCGGAUGGAUUCUCGAAGCAUUUUCGAACGAAGUGCGUUUUCAAGUCAAGGUGUCCUUCCUAGUAUAGCUGUCCUUAUUUCUGUUGCCGUACACUUGAAUACCUUAGAAGAUUCUCGGUUUGAAAAAGAUUUACUUUUCAGCUUUCUGGAUAAUGAGGCUUAUGAUUUUAUGGGUUCAUCUAGAUUUUCGUACGAUUUAUCUUCUGGAAAUAUUGCUCGUUAUACCGGAUAUCCAGUGAUUUGGGAUAAUGUGUAUGCUAUCAUAGAGUUAGGUGAAAUUGGAUUGUCACGAAAGCAGAAUAAUCUCCCUAUGUUUUUCAUGUUAACGGAUGAUAAAACUUACAACGUGACUCAAAAUUCUACUGACAAUAUUUUCAAUCACCUAAAUGCUGCCAGUAAAACCAACCAAAAGGUCGAUUUACAAAGACCACUAAAUAAAUUACAACAGUUACCAUUACCUCCAACAUCAUCAAUGCAAACUCUUCUCCGAAAUUCUCCUCGUCCCCUUCCUCAUGUAGUGUUAAGUGAUCAUGACGCUCCACCCUUCCGCAAUAAACAUUUUGAAAGUUUUCUUGAUAUUAAAUGGCCUCCAUCGGACAAUCCUGCUGCAGAUACAAUCCUUCUUGAUUUUGCCAACACCCUAGCAGAUGCUUUACACAGAAUAGUUUCUGUAAAUCAUGCACCUAUUCCCUCCAACAUUUCUAAUCCAAAACCCAGUGACAUUAUGGAAUGCUUUUCAACUAAUCCGGGAUGUGAUCUUUUCAAAAUGUUCCUCAGUCCUGUGGAUUACAAAUACGUACAAAUGCUAAAAACGCCUGUACCAGCACAGACCUACCUGCCAUUUGACCGGCAUGAAAUAAAAAUAUCACAUCUAGUCAGUAUUUUGUUAAUGGGACUAACUGGAAAACGAACUUUGACUCCAGCAUGUCCACCAGUUAAUGAACGGGGUCCUUAUACAUAUUGGAUGGGAUAUUUCAACGGUUCUGAACAGUGUUAUUUCACACGAAUGGAUAUAAUAUCACGCUUUCUGUUGAUGGAAGACGAAAAACUCAAAGCCCCUGCCUGGGCUCGUAGUCGCGAACAUUCUGGGAGGUUUGUGCGCUGGUAUCGUGGGUCAUCUCCAACAGUUGAUGGGAUUAGUGUUGUAUUAGGUAUUUUACUUAUUACUCUCACACUUCUAAUAUCCCUAUACAUCAAGGAGGUCGUUAACAACACAAUAAUACAAAAACCGGCGCAAAUUGAAAUUUUAUAUACAUCUGAAGACCAAAAUCGUUUCAUACCUACAUAA